UCGUCGCACGUACUUUCGCCACCACUCAGCGCAUCCGAUACUGCAAACAUGUUCGCAAAGACUGGGCUCCUUCUGCUGACGGCGGCGGCGGGCGUCGUGGGCGACUUCAUGGUCUACACAGAGCCGCCAAUCCCAACGUCGGCCAUCCCAACCUUCGCCAACCCAUCCGAUGCCUCGAGCUGGACAACCUCCGUCUUCCUCAACGCGCAGAUAGCUUACGGCCGCUUCACAGGCUCACUCGGCGAGCCCUAUCAAUCCUCCCUUACAUCCGCCCGCUCCGAAAUCGACGCCUUCGUCCGAACCGCCACAAAUUACAGCAUCCCCGCCGAGGUCACCAUGGCUGACGAGACGCCCACCUACUUCUCAAGGCCAGAUUGGUACACAGCCCUGCCCAGUGCGGCCAGGUCCUUCAAGGAACAGCAGGUCAGCGACCAGUUCAGCAUCGUGAGGAGCGUCAUUGCCGCGAGGGCUCCUACUUCCACGACGGGCUCUGAGGGAGCCGCCAUGCCCACUGCACUUGCUGGACAGUGGCUCCCGGCCGAGUUUGGCGUCAUGGCGGCUGCGGCUGCGGCUGCCUUUUUGCCAGGACAAGUAAUAUACUCGCGCAUCAAGCCAGGUCCGAAUAACCCCACCCAAUCCUACAUGAAUAACACCAAUGGCACGCGUCGCUAUUGCUAUAAGAAACUUUGUUACAAGAACCGGAAUUGGGUCACUCAUGAACCAACAGACAUCUUGUCUACGAAAAUGUCAAAUUAUGAUCAAGCCCACUCUUUUCCUGUCUGCGUUCAUCCCAUCCCUCAAAACUACCCUACAAUCUGCGCCUAUGAGCGCCGCCAUUCCAACUCCUCGAACUGCAAGCAUGCUGUGGUCUUCAUCGGUGGACUAGGUAGUGGUCCGCAUACGACGCAUUACCUUGGCGCCUUGAAUGCCAUGUUGGAAUGUGCUAGUCAGAGUAGCACGGAUAACGUCAAGUACAAUCUGUGGGAGUUGAGAAUGAGGUCUAGUUAUACCGCGUUUGGCUAUGGAAGUCUUAAAGAGGAUGGCGAAGAUAUUGCGAGUCUGGUGGGACAUCUCAAGGAAAUCGGAGUGGAGAAAAUCGUUCUGGUGGGCAGCUCAAGUGGCUGUCAAGCUAUCAUGACUUAUGCCAGUACUGAGCCGGCGCCACCUCCAGUCGACGGCUAUAUCAUGCAAGCCCCAACUUCAGAUCGCGAAACAGCAGGAUUACUCAUGCCACAGGAACUGCUUUCCGCUAGUCUCGAAUACGCUGGAGAUCUUGUUGCUAAAGGCAAGGAGAAGACCAUCAUGCCAGCCUCCUUCAUCCCAUCUAUCAUCACCUCGCCUGUGACGGCAUACCGCUGGUACUCCUUAGCCUCCGUUGGCGGCGAUGACGACUUCUUUUCGUCUGAUCUACCGACCUCAGCUCUUCAGUUUACCUUUGGCAGACUGGACAAACCAAUGUUAAUCUUGAUGUCUGAGAAGGACGAGAUGGUUCCGCUUACGGUGGGUAAGGAGUUGUUGCUGGGGAGAUGGGUCAAAGCCAUCCCAGAGGGCUUGACGAGUGAGCAAUCACAGAUUAUUACCACCGCUGACCACGAGCUUCGCGAGGAAAGAGUAGCUAGCUAUUUCGUAGGGCUGGUUGUUGAAUUCCUAAAGGAGCUCAACAAGGAACCCGCUGGAGCGCCCUUGAAGCUCCAACAACCACACCAUCGCGCGCUACUACAAGUCUACAAAAUGGGUAUCCCCUAUUCCCGCCAAAUCAACGCCGCCUUCGAACAAGUUACACCCCUCGUAGCUGCAGGUUUCAAAGUCCUCCGUACAACACGCGACAUCUCCAUUCUACUCGCUGUUAUUCAGGUCUUGACUGUUUUCUUACUGGGACUUAUUCUCAUCGCGCUCGUUGUCCUUCUGUAUUGCGUGAAUCCAGAUUUGGAGGUUCGCUUACACCUUGACGAUGCUUGUAACACUCCGUUCGAUACUGAUGUCUACCAGGAAGAAAGGCAAGCUAUCAUAACGCCUUGGUUGCGGUACUUUGCUGGUAUAACGCUUUGGUCGGUAUUGAGAACUCUUCUCUCCCUUCUAGCGGUAGCAGGGCUUGCGGGGGCAGCGACAUGGCACUUUUUCUUGGCGAAACAAUGGGUCGAGGAUGUGGAGUAUGAGGGCAAUGUCGAUGCUGAUAAGGCGCUGGAGGAUCUAGAUGAUGAUGCUCAGGCUGAAAGCGGUGGGAAUGGUGGAGACAAUGGAAAGGGAAAAGGGAAGAAGUGA